AUGAUCGCCAAGUCAAGGGAAGGGGAGGAUCACCUCGUCAACUUGAAGCGUCUCUUCGACCGUCUCAAGAAGUACAAGCUCCGGCUCAAUCCAGCAAAAUGCACUUUCGGCUCCAAGUUGGGAAAGUUACUAGGGUUCAUAGUCAGCGAGCACGGCAUUGAAGUGGAUCCAGAUAAGGUAAAAGCAAUAUUGGAGAUGCCUCCACCGAAAACCGUGCGCGAAGUGCGAGGCUUUCUCGGCCGGCUGAAUUACAUUGCGCGAUUCAUUGCAAACCUGACGGACAAAUGUCAACCGCUCUUUCGCUUGCUCCGCAAGAAUGCAGCAAUUGAGUGGGACGACGAAUGUCAGAAAGCCUUCGAUACCAUCAAGGCAUACUUGAUUCAGCCGCCGGUGUUGGUCCCGCCGAUAUCGGGUCGUCCUCUCAUCCUUUACCUGACAGCAGAUCCUUUGAAGUACCUACUUGAUAGCCCCUCUUCCAUGAGGAGCAUUGCAAAAUGGCGCUGUCAAUUAGCAGAAUACGACAUUGAAUAUGUGGCGCGCACGUCAGUUAAAGGACAAGCAAUUGCAGACCACUUGGCAGAGUUUCCGAUUGAAGACAACACGCCUAUUGAUCCAGACUUUCCAGAUGAAGGAAUCCUCCAAGUCGACAGUGAGGAGGAUAGCCCAGCAUGGAAGAUGUAUUUCAAUGGAGCAGUCAACUCCACUGGCUCGGGCAUCGCAUGCAUCCUCGGCCUACAAGCAGCUAUCGACUUCAAAGUCAAGAAGUUAGAGGUUUUCGGGGACUCAAUGCUCACAAUUUUCCAAACGCUGGGGCAAUGGAAGACAAAGGAUGAGAAGCUAGUACCCUAUCACGAGUAUCUUGAGGAGUUAGCGGAGAACUUCGAAAAGAUCACGUUCACUUACACGCCUCGCAUAAAGAAUCACUUCGCAGACGCACUCGCAACGCUCGCUUCCAUGGUGAGCAUCACAAAAGAAAAUCUCAUCGAGCCUCUCGAGAUUGAGAUUACCAAGGGCCCUGCUCAUUGCGACGCAAUCGAGGCUACCGAUGCAAAGCCUUGGUUCGAAGACAUUAAGCAUUUUCUGCAGACUGGUCAAUAUCCGCAGUUUGCCAGUCACCGCGAUCGAAAGACACUCCGGUUGCUUGCAACGCACUAUUUUCUGAGCGGUGAAACGCUCUAUAGGCGCUCUCUUGAUGCUACGCUGCUCCGAUGUGUCGACGGACAAGAGGCACAACGCCUCAUCCAAGAAGUACACGGGGGAAGCUGUGGACCUCACAUGAACGGACUUAUGCUUGCCAAGAAGAUCAUGCGGUUGGGCUAUUUUUGGUCCACCAUGGAAACUGACUGCGUCAAGCACGUCAGGCACUGCUGCUUAUGCCAAGUUUAUGCAGAUCAGAUCAAAGCACCGCCCAACGAGUUACACCCGAUGGCAGCUCCGUGGCCCUUCUCAAUGUGGGGCAUGGAUGUCAUUGGUCCCAUCAAUCCCAAAGCAUCCAAUGGGCAUCUUUUCAUCUUAGUGGCGAUCGAUUAUUUCACCAAGUGGAUCGAAGCCAUUACGCUCGCAUCAGUUACUGCAAAAGCUGUGGCACGCUUUCUCAAGCGUGAUAUCAUUGCAAGAUACGGGGUCCCCGCAACGCUUAAUCUCAUCGAUGAGAAACGGCUAGCAACACUCUGCCACGGACAAUGCUACCAGCAGAGGAUGGCUCGGGCAUUUAACGCGAAGGUCCGCCAUCGCGAGUUCAAACCCGGAGACCUCGUUCUGCGCAAAGUCUGGCAUAUUGCUCCCGACUCUAGGGGCAAGUUCGCAUACAAAUACGACGGACCUUUCGUCGUCACAGAAGUCUUCUCUAAAGGCGCCAUCAUUUUAAGCGAUAUGGACGGGACCGAGAAUGCACUCCCUGUCAAUGCCGACGCCCUCAGGAAGUACUAUCCCUGA